AUGGGGAGGCUCAGCUACACCACCUACACCACCGUGCUCGUGGCGCUCGCAGUCUCAGCUCCACUGGCCGCCCUCGCCAGCGACCCAGACAUCCUGAGCGACUACAUCGUCCCGGAGGACAAAUACACCGGGACCAUCGAUAUCACCGGCGACUUCUUCACGUACACGGGGUUCCGCGCGGCCAGGAACAUGAGCACGCCCGUGCCCAAAUUCACGGCGACCAAGGCCACGAUGGCGGAGUUCCCGGCGCUCAACGGCCAGAGCGUCUCGUACGUGCUGCUCAUGUUCCCGGCGGGUGGGGUGAACCCGACGCACACGCACCCGCGCGCCUCCGAGCUGCUGCUCGUGCUCGACGGCGCGCUCUCCGUCGGCUUCGUCGACACCACCGGCAAGCUCUUCACCCAGGACCUCGCCGUCGGCGACAUGUUCGUGUUUCCCAAGGGCACCGUGCACUGGCAGUGCAACCAGGGGGAUAAGCCUGCCACCGCGCUCGCGGCGCUCGGGAGCGCCUCCCCCGGGCUUGUGUCCCUCCCCGCCACCCUGUUCGGCGCCAGCAACAUCGACGACACCGUGCUGGCGAAGUCCUUCAAGACCGAUGUGAAAACCAUCCAGAAGCUCAAGGCAGGCUUAGCUCCCCCCAAGAAAUGA